UACAUUGACAACCUUAAUGGCUACAGACGUAGAAAACGGUGGAAAUUUGACAUAUUCAAUUGCAAGUGGAAACACCCACACUGAUUGGGCAAUUAGCAGCGCUGGUGUAAUUACUACAGCAAAUACAUUAGCGGCUUCUACAACCGGAGGAUAUUCCCUGGUUCUCAACGCUGCAGACAGUUCUCUGACUGAAACUGCAACGGUUUGGAUCGUUGUUACUUCAUGUUGCGGAGCAACCGCAGGCUUGGCUGGCUUCAUAACAUUGGACAUUGUUGAUGGUUUUAACAGCGCAUAUGUAUUAACUGAGGAUGCAUUUCAAAAUGACAUUAUUGCUACCGCUCCUUCAUCAAACAAUAAACAUUGCUUGACUACAGGCAAAUAUUUAUAUGAGAUCAAGUUAACUUUCAGAGAGAGGAAAUAUAACUUCUCUGGUCGCAAUCAGAAAGCAUAUUGUAGCCAACUCCUUAGACAAUAUAUUCCCGCAGACAAGAAUCUACUUAUACCUCAGAAGUCUGAAUAUUCAAAAGCCUCCCCUGAAAACAACAUGAUGAAAACUAAGAACAACUGGUACCAAAUGUUAAUAUGUACUAAUGUGGCCUGA